AUGGAGCGCGAGCGCCGCCACCUCGCCGCUGCCUCAGCGCACCUCCACCUCGCCGCGGCCGCACACUACAUGGCGGCGGCUGGCGGCGGCGGGCUGGGCCACGGAGGGCACGGCGGCGCCGUCGCGCCGGGCCACGGAGACGACGACGUCGAGGUUGGCGGCGGCGGCGCGCUGGGCCACGGAGGGCACCACGGAGAGGACGACGUCGAGGUUGGCAGCGGCGGCGGCGGCGUCGCACUGGGCCACGGAGGGAACGGUGAAAGCUGCUGGUCUCGAUCUGCCACACUGCAGGAGCUGGAGUGGACGAUGCAGGACCUCUACGAGCUCCUCCUGCUGCUGGCCUCUCCUUCGUCCCUACAAGGGGCUGCCGCAGGACGUGGUGGAGGGGGCAGCCCUGGACGUGGGCAGUGA